AGUGGUAUAAAACCGAGCUGUGAGGAGCUGGAGGGACUUCAGGAGAGAUUUAUUACUGAACCAGAUCAAACAUGGUGCAGAUGUCUAAAUCUGGACUGAUGGAAGCUCCACCACUGAAAGCUGGACACGCUCCUGCAGUGAAAGCAGGAGGAAAGCGAGUGGUUAAGAAGAGCAAUGAGGAAACUGGAACCCUAGAGAAGGACGGCAGGAGGCAAGACAAACCCAGAUCAUUGACCUCGUUCUCCCGGAUGCAGCAAAUAAAUAUUCUGAUGGCUGGUCCACUCGAAAAGGAUGGAUUUUUGUUCGUUACAUCCUUAGAUGUGUCUCUUAUCUGGUCCUAGAAAGGUGAAAUUUGGUAUCCUGCCCCACCCUGUGCACCCUCCAGACUUCACUACCACACCUUCAUUACUCUGUACACUACACCACAGAAUUCCUUAUUAAAACACUUUAUCCCCUGAGUUUCAGACAGAACAACCAGGAAGGACCGUGUUUUUGUUUUUCAUUUCUUUAGUUUCCUCUAAGAGACACGUUCUGUAAAAAACACAUAGCACAUACCAUUCUGUCAGUGUGAAAGACAUUUACAGUAAAUAGCAAAUAGACUUAAGAAACGAAAGCAGCGUCUGUGUGUGAUCUAUCCAGGACUGAAUCACUGUUUCUUACAUUUACAUUCACUGCACUUUUGUGGACGCUUUUAUCCAAAUUGAAAAUGGACGUUUUGAAUAAAAAACAUUCACUGAU